AUGUCUAUCCACAUCCCAAAUAUUCUCCUCGCCAUUCCACGCAACCCCGUAACUGCUGUCGGCCUUCCUCUCGCCCUCGGUUUCUUCAGUGGCUCCCAUUCGUCCCAAGUCGCCAAUAGUAACUGGUAUGCUGGACUCGCCGCACCUCCAGGUAGGCCGCGUCGCGAAGUAUUUCCGUUUGCUUGGACUCUGCUCUAUGUCUCUAUGGGCUACGCAUCCCAUAUUGCCGUAAAAGCGUUGGAUCAUACACAUCUCGACGUCAACAGGUAUAUUGGCCUGGCUCUGAUUGAUAGUGUGCUAAUGACAGCUACUACAUGGUAUAUGACUAAACUCUUGGAUAGGCCCACCGACGCAAAGGCCACUUAUUUCUUGCUACCAUAUUGCGCUUGGCUUGGUUACGCUACAUAUUUGAAUGCUGGAACAUGGUGGUUAAAUCGCCAACCAAAAUAUCGCAAGUAG